AUGAUGUUCGGUCGGCACAGCUUGCAGAUUACCCAACCCCAAGGGCCCGCAGCCCCUUCUCAUGUCACCGGCCAACAGCCACGUACGCCCGAACGCACUCUUCACGUCCUCGAUACGUGGGAAGACUACCCCCGGGACGAAAAGUCCCAGAGCAUGCCCGGCAACCUCGGCGUAUCCCAACGACCAACGUCGGCGCCGCACCACAACCCGACGACCUCGUCAACGAAACGCAUCUCCCGCCCGAGCCAUGACUUUGACCGCCGUUACGAUGGCCCCUUCGGCCGGCCCAGCCUGGCGACAGCCCGCUCCUCCAUCCGCCCUGGCACGGCCGACGAAGCAGUUCCCGAAGUCAGCAACACCUCAGGAACAGGCCCGGACCGUCACCCAGGCAGGCCGGUAUUCCAACCGACGCCCCCGUCGCUCAACUACAACCUCCGCACCCGCAAGAAGGCCAUCAUCAUCUUCUGGGCCCUCAUCAUCUUUGACUCGGUCCUCACCCCCAUUGCCCUAUACUUCGGUCUCUGGUACGGCGUAGGGCCCGGCACCAACACACCGACCGAGAAGAGGGAAAAGCUCAGCCCCAACGCCGUCUUCUCCAUCGUCACCGCCGCCGUCGGUGGUGCCAGCAUUGUCGAGUACUUUGUCCGCUUCUGGCGUCUGUGGCGUAAGGGCAGCACCUGUCGCGUUAUCGGCGCCCACCGGUGGUACCUCGACUGGUUCCAUUGGAACUUUUCCUUUGCCUGGAUCAUCGUCAUGAUCGAGCUCAUCGUCGGCACCGUGCCCGACCAUCCCCCAAUCCGCCUCCUCUCGAUGCCCGUCACAACUAUGCUCUUCGUCUUUGGCACCGAGCUCCUCCUCGUCGACGUGAGCCGCGCCUUCCGCCUUCCCGCCCCCUGCCGCAUCUCUUCCAUCCCCAAGGGCGCCCAACUUCGCCCGGGCAUCUACUCCCUCAUCGAGGAUGUCUGCGCCGUGGAUGGCUCCGGCGGUACCGAGUUCCGCGUCGCACUCGACCGGCGCUACGAGGCGAGCCACAUCUUUCGCGCGAUGCUGCGCCGGCUAGGCAUCUUCUGGGCCGUCGGCGCUGAGGCGUGCGCCGCGUUGUGCACGGCCUUGAUCUUCACUAUGCCCGGCGAUGUCGCCUAUACAAUCGGCUGGUCGUUGCCGUUCGUGUGGACGGGCCUGUGGACGCUGGCGACGUUUUGGUAUGUCAGCCGUGAGCUGAAGAAGGAGGCCGCGGCGUGGGCCGAGGAAGCGGCGAAAGAGGGGGCGGCGGACUCUGGGGCAUCGGUUUGA